GAGAGAGAGAGAGAGAGAGAAAGAGAGAGAGAGAGAGAAUGGAAGAAGUAAAGGGAGUGCUAAAGCAUGUACUUCUAGCAAAAUUCAAGGAGGGAGUUUCAGAAGAGGAGAUUGAGAAGCUUAUCAAGGGUUAUGCCAAUCUCGUCAAUCUCAUCGAACCCAUGAAGGCUUUUCAAUGGGGAAAGGAUGUGAGCAUUGAGAAUCUGCAUCAAGGAUUCACUCAUAUAUUUGAGUCUACUUUUGAGAGUACUGAGGGGCUUGCAGAGUAUGUGGCUCAUCCAGUCCAUGUUGAAUUUGCAAAUUUGUUCUUAUCCCAUUUGGACAAAGUUAUUGUCGUUGACUACAAACCUACAAAAGUAGUACUCUCCUGAAUUGUAAAAGUUAAUUACCCAUAAUGGUGUGUCUUUGAGUCAUCAUAUUUCUCUGGAUGGGACUUUUAAUUUGCUGUGCAAGAGGAGUGUUUGGUGUUGGUCUAUUUUGUUGGGUAUUCAAUAAUGGAAGUGAGAAUAUGCUUGAAUGUUCAAUGCUAUGCUUGCAUCUCCAUGUGUUUCUCUGUUUUUCCACUUUAUUUUAGGUCUCACACUGCUAUCCGACAAUUUUGAUGUGUUGAUCACUAAUGGUGAUUAAUUGCAUUUUUCAUAUCUAAAUAUACAAACUUCUCUA